CGAACCCGGGCCGCCUGGGUGAAAACCAGGAAUCCUAACCGCUAGACCAUAUGGGAGCUGUACCCAAUACAUGGCAACAACUAUAUACUAAAAAAUCAAUAAUGGCAAUAAUAUGAUAGGUAUGACGAUCUACUAUCUAUCUAAUAAUCUACAGCUCGCCCUACGGACCAUGCUUGUUUUACAAUCAUUCUGUGUGACAGUCACAAGGAGUUAACAGAAAACGACCCUCAAGCAGGUGAUGGAGUCCACUUCAAAGCACCACGUCGCCCACCCCUUUUGGCCGCGGGACUUGUCCAUCCCCAACUAUGUGCCAAACGACCGGUCAAUGUCGGAGAUCCUGACCUUCCUAUUUUCCGUCUCCGGCGUCUUCCUCCUGGCCACCUGGGGGAUCACUGGUCGUGAGAACGCCUCCGGCAGACUGGGAGUUUGGAGGCGCCUGGCGGUGUGUUGGUUCGCGGUGUGCGGCUUCAUACACGGGGUCAUAGAGGGAUGGUUCUCCCUGUAUUACGAAGUGAUCCCAGCCGACCAGAGCUUCCUAUCACAGCUCUGGAAAGAAUACUCCAAGGGUGACAGCCGAUAUGCUAUAGCUGAUAACUUCACCGUGUGUAUGGAGACCAUAACAGCCUGGCUGUGGGGACCCUUCAGCUUCUGGGCAGUGUACGCUUUCCUGACCAACAAGCCCUACAGAUUUGUCCUGCAACUGAUAAUUUCAUUAGGCCAGCUGUAUGGAGCCGUGCUGUACUUCUACACUGAGCACCGGGAUGGAUAUGCUCACAGUGAGAUGGGACACCCCAUCUACUUCUGGUUCUACUUUGUGUUCUUGAACGCGCUGUGGGUCAUCAUCCCCCUGGUACUCAUUGUGGACGCUUGGGGACAGCUUUCAGGGGCCCAGGCUCUCACAGACAACGCUCGGAGCCACAAGUCUAAGAGGACCUAAACUCUCUGAUCUGCUAGGGACUUCUAUUGAGUGUGGGGUGUGUGCGGAUAAGUGGACAUUGACGCAGGGAAUAUUUAAACGAAGCGAUUGACAAGAUGGAAUUGUAUGUGUGAAUGGACGAUACAAUGCACACGUAAUUGUUUCUAUGUUUUAAGUGCAAUUUGUUCUAUGGAGUCUGUUUUAAAAUAACAAUAUACAUGUGUUUCAAUUAAACAUUGUAAUUUGUAUUUUGCCGAGUGUCAUCUUUUGAGAGCAUAGGCCUUCUUGCUUCAGGGUGUAAUGAUUAUCCCAAGCAAUAAUAUGCUGGAAUCACACUGCACCUAAUAUGUUUCAUGCAUGUCAAACAAUCAACCUUUUAUGACACGUUUAUUCAAUUUCUCGAUUCUGAUCAAGAUAUAUUAUAUAUCAAUUCAAUCGUAUUUCACAUUAUAUAAUAUACGGAUGUUUAUCUUUUGACCCGUUGCAAAUAUGAACAAUAAAUGUGAGUUUUCCUGGAACUAUGAACUCUGAACAAAACAAUGAGUGAACCAUGUGACAAAUCUGUAGAUAUGCAUAAUUAUUAUGCAUACUGAGGGCUGGACUGCGACAAAAAAGGGCUCUUGGCUUGUUUUUUUUGUGCAAUAUAUGCAAAGAUGUACGACAAUGUAUUAAUCUCACUUACUUUAUAGCACUUCUUAUAGUUAUGCACUC